AUGUCUGAGGGAGAGGCUCGGGCCCGGCCGGGCCGGGGGCUGCCGCCGGAUGUGCUGGCGGAGCAGGUGGAGCUGUGGUGGUCCCAGCAGCCGCGGCGCUCAGCGCUCUGCUUCGCCGUGGCUGUGGGCCUCGUGGCGGGCUGUGGGGCGGGUGGCGUGGCCCUGCUGUCCUCCACCAGCAGCCGCUCGGGCGAGUGGCGUCUGGCGGUGGGCACAGUGCUCUGCCUGCUGGCCCUGCUGGUCCUGGUUAAGCAGCUGAUGAGCUCGGCCGUGCAGGACAUGAACUGCAUCCGCCAGCCCCGCCACGUGGCUCUGCUCCGCAGCGGCGGCGGGGCCGACGCCCUGGUGGUGCUGCUCAGCGGCCUGGUGCUGCUGGCCACCGGCUUGACGCUGGCGGGGCUGGCCGCCGCCCCUGCCCCCGCCCGGCCGCUGGCCGCCAUGCUGUUCGUGGGCGUCACCCUGGCUGCCUCAGGUGCGCUCUUGCUGCUGGGCCUGCUGCUGUAUCAGGUGGCCGUGAGCGGACACUGUCCCCCUACCCGUGCGGCCGCCCCCUCCGCCCGCAGUGACCACAGUGGGAAUGGCAGCGUCUUCAGCAUCUCAGGACGGUUGUCCGCUGGCCAGCAUCGUGAGACCACGUCCAGCAUCGCCAGCCUCAUCUGACGGAGCCCGGGCCCUCCUUCCCGUGACCUGCCUCAGCCUCCACAGAGCCGUGCCCGGGCGCGAGUGAGGGUGUGUGCACACACGUGUGUGCACACGCACCAAGGGGAGAGUGACUGCAUGGGUGUCCCCAGGACUGCUCAGCCCUCUGAGUGACUGUGUGACUGUGAUGAGGGGCCGAUUUGCACCCACACACCCACGUCACAAGGAGGGAACUGCUUCUCCUUGGAGCUCGUGGAACCGUCAGUCUGCCUGUCUGUGUCCGGGGCCUCUAGGCAGAGAAGGGUCUGGGAUCCCUGAAGAUCCCUGGCCCCUAUCCCUAACACCCCUCAAAGGCAACUCUGCCCUGUAACGCCUGUCAGGGAUUUCCCCAGGAGAGGCUGCUGCCUGCCCCAGAGACUGCGCCAGUGAACCCUUUUAUCAAGGAGACUGAAUGGUGACAGAGUGGACAGAACACAGGCUCCGGCAUGACAGGCCUGGGCCGCAGUCCCCCCCUCUACCACUCACCAGGUGGGGGCCUUGGGCAAGUGGCUUAACCUCUCUGAGCCCUGGUUUCUUGAGCGUCAUGGUCACGGUCGUCAACUGUUAGGAUCAAAUGAUAUUAUUUACGUAUAGAAGGACCGGGCACACGGCAGAUGUGCAAUAAAAGUGGUGACUGCUAUUA